AUGCGGACAAUGCUGCGCGCCUGGCAGUCGCUUGUAUCGACCACACCUGGACCACGAGAGAGUGAUACAAGACCGCGCAAAGGAACAGGAGCAGCAGAUAGGAAGUUUGACUCAGAUCGCCGGACAGCGAGGCCCAGCGAUGAGAAGGCGGAGCAUCGCAGCACUGGUUUUGUGAUAUCGCCGGAGAAGCUAGAGCGUUUGCUGGUCACCUCGAGCACCGCGAGUAUUCAGCGACUGGAGGUUGUGGAUAAUCGCAGUCGAUCGAUAUCCCAUAUCGUCGAGACUCUACGAACCACCUUGAGGACAACGCAGCAGCUCGCACAAGUCGCUGUAACGAUCAAGACGGCCAACUUCACUCUCGCAGAGCUGGCCAAACUCGCAGCGUCCUCACCACCUGGCGCCUGUGUCCGCAGCGUGGGCGUGGGCGUCUGGCACAUCUCAGUCAACAACGGCCAGCACAUCACACUCGUCCAACCUCAGCUACGGAAGGCCUGGAGAAGACUCAAACUGGAUCCAACGAUUGAUCGGAACUCAGGACGGCUGCGAUAUGUGCGCAGAGUGGCAAGCUGA